AUGCUCAUCGACGAGCUGAACACUAGCGACUUCUUCUCCGACGAUACCCGAGCAGACGGGCUCUCCUCCCCUCCUCGGCCGAGCAGCGAUAGUUUGGAGCAAGCCGAAGGAGAGCUACCGGCAUUCUCUCCCACCAGCGCACGUAUCAGAGAGCUGUUAGGAGAGGACCUUGACGGCUUUGAGGAUGACGGGGAAAGGGAGGAGGAUGUGAUCGAUGGCGCGGAUGACCUUUUGGCUGAGAGGGAAGAGACACCGAGUCCUGAGGGAUCAUCCAGUCCGCCGGCCGAAACGGAGCACACAGAGUCGAAGGAUGGACCAGGCGAGGCUGGUCAACCACAAUCGCAACCAAAGGAAGGGGAUCCCGCUCGGAGGGAGAAGCAGGAGUGGGUGAAGAAGAUGCGACUUCAGUUCUGCGUGCGGAAAGACUUCGAGGUUACGAAGACCAUUAUCCAUCGCGAUGGAACGCUGAACCAAGAAUACUUCCGCCCGCCGAGAGGAACCAAGUUGAUGGGGGAGGAAGUCAAAAAAUGGACUGAGAGCGAUAGGGCAUUACUCGUUAAGGGAAUCGAAAAGUAUGGCAUAGGACAUUUCCGAGAGAUUUCGGAAGCAUUACUACCAGCAUGGCAACCAAACGACCUCCGCGUCAAAUCCAUGCGCCUCAUGGGCCGUCAAAACCUGCAGGAGUAUCGCGGCUGGAGAGGGACGGAGGAAGACAUCAAGGCCGAGUUUGCACGGAAUAACGAGAUUGGAGUUCGGCUGGGUUGUUGGAAAUCGGGAGUGCUUGUCUUUGAUGAUGACGGACUGGUGGACGCGGAGGUUAAGGCGAACCCGGUCAAGGUUCCCAUCGUGGAGGCGGAGGAUGAGGUGAGUUUGUGUGAUGCAUGA